UCAUUUUCAGAGAUCCCAAAAAGAACUCUCUCCCUCAUUCUUUCUUAGUACAGAUCAAAAGAAAACCAUCUUUCCAUAUCCACUCUCACACGAAAACCUGAGCCAAAACUAUGGCGGCCUCAGUCCAGCAAAACCGGCAGUUUCCUCACAUCGAACCCGCCCUAAACGGCGUCGUCCGCUCCUCUUUCAAAUCAAGUACUCCCAACCGCCACUUCCAAGACAUCACUACAUCCCCGAAAAGCUCGGCCCCAAUCGAUGACUACGACGAGUCGUCCUCCAGCGACGACGAAAACGACGAGAGCAUCGUAGAGUACAUGGAUUUGGUCCGGAGAGGCAACAGAGAAUUAGAGCCGUCGAUCUUGGACCCCAGAGAUGAGGCCACGUCGGACAGCUGGGUGGAGCGCAACCCCAGUAUGGUCCGCCUCACAGGGAAACACCCCUUCAACUCGGAGGCGCCGCUCAGCCGGCUCAUGCACCACGGCUUCAUCACUCCGGUCCCACUCCACUACGUCCGCAACCACGGUGUUGUCCCCAAGGCCACGUGGCACGACUGGACCGUCGAGGUCACCGGCCUCGUCAAGCGGCCCGCCCGGUUCACCAUGGACCAGCUCACCACCGAGUUUCGCACCCGCGAGCUCCCCGUCACCCUCGUCUGCGCGGGAAACCGCCGCAAGGAGCAGAACAUGGUGAAGCAGACGGUCGGAUUCAACUGGGGCGCCGCCGGCGUCUCCACCUCCGUCUGGCGCGGCGUGCGCCUCCGCGACGUCCUUAAGCGGUGCGGGAUCUACAGCCGCAAAGGCGGCGCCCUCAACGUGUGCUUCGAAGGGGCCGAGGACCUGCCAGGUGGCGGUGGGUCCAAGUACGCCACCAGUCUGAGAAAAGAGGUCGCGAUGGACGAGAGCAGGGAUAUCAUACUUGCUUACAUGCAAAACGGAGAGCGUUUGGCCCCCGAUCACGGGUUUCCGGUUCGGGUGAUCAUACCCGGAUUUAUAGGGGGCCGGAUGGUGAAAUGGCUCAAACGCAUCGUCGUGACGACGAAGGAGUCGGACUGUUAUUAUCAUUACAAGGACAACAGGGUCCUUCCCUCGCAUGUUGAUGCCGAGCUGGCCAACGCUGAAGCAUGGUGGUACAAGCCGGAGUACAUAAUCAACGAGCUGAACAUAAACUCGGUCAUUACGACGCCGUCUCACGAGGAGAUAUUGUCGAUAAACUCGUGGACGAGGCCGUACACCCUCAAAGGCUACGCAUAUUCCGGAGGGGGUAAGAAAGUGACACGAGUGGAGGUGACUCUAGACGGUGGGGAGACCUGGCACGUCUGCGAUCUGGACCACCAAGAGAAGCCGAACAAAUAUGGGAAAUACUGGUGCUGGUGCUUCUGGUCACUGGACGUGGAAGUGCUCAACUUACUGGUAGCCAAAGAGAUUGCGGUGAGGGCUUGGGACGAAACCCACAACACUCAGCCCGAAAAGCUCAUCUGGAAUGUCAUGGGAAUGAUGAACAACUGUUGGUUCCGAGUGAAAAUCAAUGUGUUGCCACACAGAGGAGAGAUUGGAAUAGUGUUUGAGCAUCCAACCAAACCCGGAAACCAAUCCGGCGGGUGGAUGGCAAAAGAGAGACGCUUGGAGACCGAAUCCAACGCAUCCCUCAAGAAGAGUGUCUCUUCACCCUUCAUGAACACUUCAUCCAAGGUCUACUCAAUGUCCGAAGUUAAGAGGCAUAACACCCCUCAGUCUACAUGGAUUGUUGUCCACGGUCACGUCUACGACUGCACUAGAUUCCUCAAUGACCACCCGGGCGGUGCUGAUAGCAUUUUGAUCAAUGCUGGAACAGAUUGCACCGAAGAGUUUGAAGCAAUCCAUUCCGACAAGGCCAAGAAAAUGCUUGAGGAAUAUAGAAUAGGCGAGGUGGUCGGUACCACAGGUUACGCCUCGGACUCUAGCUCCCCUAAUAAUACCGUCCAUGGGCCACCAAGAAUAUCAACGGUGGAUUCUAUGUCUUCUCUUACGAAUUUUUUGGCUCCUAUCAAAGAAAUCACACUAAAAAGCGUCGCGCUCAAUCCGCGCGAGAAAAUUCCAUGCAAGCUUGUGACCAAGACCUCGAUUUCACAUGACGUGAGGAUAUUCAGAUUUGCAUUGCCUUCAGAAGACCAAGGUCUAGGGUUGCCAGUGGGCAAGCACAUAUUCUUGUGUGCUACAAUUGAGGGCAAGCUUUGCAUGAGGGCUUACACACCAACCAGCUCGAUUGAUGAAGUUGGGUAUUUUGAUCUGGUGGUCAAGGUGUACUUUAAGAAUGUGCACCCUCGGUUCCCUAAUGGUGGGCUCAUGUCACAGUACUUGGACUCUCUCCCAAUUGGGUCGUCUCUAGACGUGAAGGGUCCAUUGGGUCACAUAGAGUACAACGGUAAAGGUAACUUUUUGGUCCACGGUAAACCCAAGUUUGCAAAGAAACUCGCCAUGAUUGCCGGAGGGACGGGGAUCACACCCAUUUACCAAGUAGCACAAGCCAUCCUGAAAGACCCGGAGGACCACACCGAAAUGCAUGUCGUAUAUGCAAACCGAACCGAAGAGGACAUUUUGCUGAGGGAAGAGCUUGAUGGUUGGGCUAAAGAGCAUGAAAGGUUCAAUGUGUGGUAUGUGGUGGAGAAUGGUAAGGAAGGCUGGGAAUACAGUGUGGGAUUCAUCACGGAGAGCAUAUUGAGGGAGCAUGUUCCCGAUGGAUCAGACGGUUCUCUUGCGUUGGCGUGCGGGCCCCCACCAAUGAUCCAGUUUGCCGUGCAGCCAAAUCUGGAGAAGAUGAACUAUGAUGUCAAGAAUUCGUUGCUGAUAUUUUGAAGGGUGGAGCGAGCUAGAUCCACAGUAAUAUGUAGAUAGUAUUAGUGUUGUAUCAUUGUUUUGUUCCACUUGAAAAGAAGGGGAGAAAUCAUUUAGACGAGUUUUUUUUUUUUUUUCUCGGAUGGAAUAAAGUCAAUUGUACUCUCAAAUUGGUACUCCUUUUCUCAUGUUGAGAAAUACGUCGAUGCCAUUCCAUAUUUGUAUAUCAAAGUCUUUGUUUUUCAUUAAUGUUAA